UUUGGUUUGUGAAUCUUCGCUGUCUUCGAAACAACAUCCACUGCAAUUUGAUCCUUACAUUUAUAAUGCGCAACAUUAUCUGGAUUGCCAUGAGGCAUAGCGUCGAAGAAGUGGUCCUGAAACAGAAACAUCUAAUGUGGGUGUGUCAAGGUUUUGUGAUAGCGUUCAGCUAUUUUCAGUCUACUCACUUCUACUGGAUGUUUGCUGAAGGCCUGUAUCUACAUAUCAUCGUUGUUUGGACUUAUUCCGCGGAUAAGAUGCACCUCUGGCAUUUCUUACUAAUUGGCUGGGGUUUACCGGUGCCGUUCAUAUUGGUUUGGGCUGUAAUACAAAUGAAGAAAACAAGCAACGAUUGCUGGACCAAAGAAUCUAUUUAUGAUUACAUCCAUCACAUUCCCGUCUUUGUCGUCUUAUUGGCAAAUGUUAUAUUUUUUAUUAGCAUCCUCUGGAUUCUGAUAACAAAACUGCGAAUGACAAAUACACCCGAAGCAACAGAUUACAGCGUCCCAAUUUGCAAAUUGAAUAAACCAUGUGCUCAGAGCCCGAUUAUUGCUUGGUGA